AUGUCAACAGAAAAUCAAGAAAUAAAUAAUUCAAAUUCGUCAUCGUUAACAAAUGAUGAUUCAACUGGGAAAAUGAAAGGAUGGUUUAAAUUAAUCGAAACAAUUCGUAAAUCAGGUUCAGAAUCAAAUGAAUCAAUACGAUCACUUCCGAACAGUAAUUUAAAUAAUAAUUUUAUUACAAAUACGCAAAGAAAUUCAUUUGAACAUCCUUUACAAUCAACAAAUAUCAAUGGACAUUCAUUAGAAUCAUCUGAAUUAAUAACUACAAUCCAUGCAUUGGAUUCACCACCAAAUAUAUUUAAUUCGCCAUCAAUCAUUAGUAUAUCAUCAACACCACGACAAAAUAUAGAAGAUAUACCGUCAGUAGAAAUGGAAUCAACUUCGCAAUUACGACGAGAAAGUGCACCUUUCAUUGAAAUCGAGUCAUCAGUAACAACUGCAGGAUCAUCGCCAGCAUCAUCAGAUUCAAAAUCUUCUCCAAAACCAAUGAAAAGAUCAACUGCACGUAAGUCAACGAGAUCGAGACAACCAAUGCCCAUUGCAAAACCUGCUGUUAUAUCUACACCCAUCACUGAAGAUAUAUCUGAUGAUGAUGAUGUGCCAAUUAUUGACAUUCGUGCACCUAAGAAAACAUCCAUUGAUACAUUAUCGAUUCCAUUGAGAAAAGAUUCUAUUAUUCCGUUAGCUACUGAUCUUCGAUCAUUGCCUGGUCAUAGUCAAGAUGAAAUUCGCGAUAUUCGUUUUUUAGCUUAUUCUGAUAUUGAUACAUUAUCGAUGCAUUUUCAAACAUGUUUAUAUGUUGAUCAAAGAUCAGUAGGGUCAUCGAAACAAUAUAUAUAUAAAACACGGUGUAAUGUGUUAAAUAAAAUUUUAAAAUUAUAUUACAUAAAAACUUUUCGAAAAAAAUUAUCAUCAGAAAAAUCCUCAAAUAAAAAUAAUAACCACAAACAACAGCCAUUAUCUGUGAUAAGUUCACCAACAUCGAUAUCAUUUAAAUUAGAUUGGAAUGUCAAUAGAAGAAAUUCAUUAUCAACACAUCGACAUACACCAAAGAAUUUUUUUCAUAUUUUACAAGUCAAUCCCAAAAAAAAAUUUUCAUUAUUGGAUGCACCAUCGAUAUCAACAUCGAAAUCUCCGAUUCAAACAUUUGAACGCAUGAAAGAUAUUCUUGCACGUACAUAUUAUCCGCAUUUUUAUAAAGCUAUCGAAUAUGGAUAUCAAUUUGGUUCAAAGUCAAAAUUUCCGAAUACUCAACAAUUAAUAACUACACAUGGUGAUAUUAUAAAUAUUAAAGAAAUGCCGGAAUCACCAGAUUUAAUUGAUGAUUCAAUAACAAUUACACUUAAAUCUCCACCGUCUACAACAAGACGUGAUUCAAGCAUAACAAUGCAACAAUCAGUGGCAUUUACUAAAGAGCAAAAAACCAAAAGAACAGAAAAUGAUAAUAAAUCACUCUGUCUAAAACAGAAUCAAAGUCAAUUAUAUGAAAAUUUUGAUGAACUAUCAUCAUGGUCAAUUAGAAAAUCAGUUGUCGUUUUAACACCAGCUAAAGUUCCAUUACAAUCACAACCAGUAACUGAUAGAGAAAAGAUUUCGACUGUAAAUCGAAAACGAAAAUCAUCAACAACAACAACAAAUUCAAAUGUUAUUGACAGAAAAAAGAAACGAAUUAUAUCGCCACCAUCACAAGAGAUAAUCAAUCAAAUUGAAGAUAUUUCAGAUUCAGAUAGUGGCACAGAUCUUUUACCUACACAAUUACCAAAGCCAUGCUUUAUUAAAAAUGGUCUUUGUUCAAAUUUCUAUAAAACAACAACGAAUAAUAAUUCUAAGACAUCUAGUAAUAAAGACCGACUAGAAAGGCGACGACGGCAAUCAUCAGGUUCAUUACCACCUUUUUAUACUGGAAUCUUUGAAUCUGAUAAUGAAAAAUCAUCAUUUGUUGAUUAUCAUCUACCAUACGAUAUUUAUUGGUUUGCUCAACAACAAAAUAAAGAAAAAACAUUAGAAGUUUCAUCUGCAGCACCUACAUCUUCCAUAUCAAUGUUUCAACAUAAAAAGAAAAAAUCAGAUAAACCAAAACCAAAACGACAAUCACCGUAUAAAAAAAUCUUGCGCAAUGUAUAUACAGAUCAAAUACGACAAAACCUUUUAUCAUCAUAUAGUACAGCGAAAGCACCAGUUUGCGAUUGUAGACCAUCUGGGACAUGUGAAGAUGGUGUAUGUGUUAACAGAAUGAUAUUUACUGAAUGCCUUCCGGAUUGUGUUUGUGGUGUUAAAUGUAGCAAUCAGAAAAUUCGUAAAAAUCAAUGGUGUAAACAUGUUGACGUAUUUGAUACAGGCAAAUAUGGUCAAGGCUUACGUGCAAUGGGUCCAAUAGCCAAAGGUACAUUUUUAUGUGAAUAUGUUGGUGAAAUCAUUACAGAAGAAAGAUUUCAUGAACGUAUGGCAAAUCUCUAUUCAAAAGAUGAACAUCAUUAUACAAUGAAAUUAACUCAAAAUCUAGUUAUUGAUGCUUAUCGUAUGGGUGGCAUAGCACGUUUUGCUAAUCAUUCAUGUUCACCGAAUUGUGAAUUUCAAAAAUGGACUGUUGAUGGUUUACAACGUAUGUGUAUGUUUUCAUUACGUCCGAUAAAAGCUGGUGAAGAAUUAACAUAUGAUUAUAAUUUUGAAUGUUUUAAUUUGCAAGCUCAACAACCAUGUUAUUGUGAAAGUCAAAAAUGUCGAGGUACUAUCGGUACAAAACAGUCAGUUACAUCAACAACAACAAAUAAUAUAUCAACAAUAACACAAAAAUUAACACAACGCGAAAAAAAAAUGAUUUCACAAUCAGCUAUUUUUCUACUACGAAAUCUUAGAAAAGUGAAAGCGAAACAUGCUUCUAGAAAAAAAAUCUGUACUAAACUAAAACAACUAAAUAACAAACAAACCACCGUGCCACUUUUUUUUCCACAAAAUUAUUAUCAUUCAAAUACACCGAACAAUCAAUCAACAUUAGCUGGUCUAAGAAAAACUCCUAAACUAGUUCACAAAGAUUUAUUCUACCUAUUUUACAAUCACAUUCGUCGUUCACAUUUCAUAAAAACUCGUCGACAUUAUACUGAGCUUAUCGAUCAAACAUGUUAUUAUGCUCAACUAGCACAAUUAACUCUUAUUCUUAAUGAAAUAUUUGAAUUAAUAUCAAAUCAUAAAUGUACAAAUAUAGAUAUGACACCUUCGAUUGUAUUAAAAAAAUGUCCAUCCAAACGUUUAUUUCCAGCAUAUUAUGAAAUAAUAACAAAACCAAUUGAUUUAACAAUGAUAAGAAAUAAAUUAGACAAUGGAGAAUAUUCAUCAUUUCAUUCUUUUGAACAAGAUUUAUUAUUAUUAUUCAAAAAUGCUAUGACAUAUUGUGGCAAAAAUUCAGAUGAAGCACAAGCUAUAUUAGAAUUACAAAGUUAUUUUGUGAAUACAUUAAAAUUUGAAUAUGUAGAUAUAUUAAAUUUAUUUGUAAAUAUGAAAGAAAAAGAUCGACACUUAGCAAGUUUAAGCACACUUGAAAAGUUCAUAAGUAGUUUUCAUGAAAGAGAAGUUAUUCAUGGACAAAUAAGAGAAAUUCUUUAUGAUGUUAUCUUUAAUAUUGAUGAUAAUUCAAAUAAUGAAUCACCAAUUGUUUAUAAAAUAGUACUUGCUGGUAAUGUUAAUUCACAUCGAACACUAAGAUCAAGAACAUCGCCGGACUUUGUUGUACAUUGCCGAUGUGGAUCAGUUUAUGAUGAGAGUUCACUCGUGCAAUGUUAUGCUUGUCAAUUAUGGCAACAUGUCGCCUGUGUUUCAAUAGUCGAUUCAAGUCGGCCAUAUUAUUGUUUUGAAUGCCAACCCGCAUGUGAACACAAUCCGUCAGCGUGCUUAAAAACAAAUGUUAUGAUAGCUGCUACUUUAUCACCGUUACAAACCUAUGAUGACAAUCAUAGUUCGUUUUCAGCAUUGACACGUUCGGAUGGCUUUAUUAUACGUAUAAAUGAAUGUUAUUUUGUACCGAAACAAGAUGAAAACAAUAUUGAUAGAUCAUUAGCAUCACCUGAAUACGAUAUUUUAUUUAUUGAGCGUCUUUGGAUUGAUGACUAUGGUAUUGGCCAAGCAUCUGGCUUCUAUUAUAUACGUCCGAAUGAAACAUUUCAUGAACCAAAUAGGAAAUUUUUUCCCUAUGAAGUAUUUCGUUUUCCCUCUUCAAAUGAUCCUUUACCAAUCAGUUCCGUUGUUCGCCCUUGUUUUGUAUUGGAUAUAGGAACCUAUUGUAAAGGCAAACCAAUAAGUGAUAAUAGUAGCCGAGUACUACCAAGUGAUUUAUUUAUCUGUGAAUACCGUGUUGAUAAAUUAGCAAGAACAUUUACACGUUUACUGAAAUCAAGGCAUUUUGGAAUCAAUACGAAAUCUUACUGUUUUGAUAAUUACGUUGAAAAACUUUCAAUAAAACGAGAAUAUCAGCCAUAUCAAAAAGACCUUCAACAACAACAACAACAACAACAACAUCAUCAUCACUCUUAUGAUAAUCGUCGACGUUCAACAGCAAAUGCAAACAAACUCAUUAGUCUACAAUUGGAAGAAAAAUCUACACGUAUCAAUGGUAUUGUUGAAAAAAUCUAUUGUCGUUAUCAUGAUCAAAAUUUAAGACCAAUUGAAACAAAAUAUACUGUUGAUCAACUUGUUCAAGGCUCAUCGAUGCCCCCAAACUUAAAUCAUCUAGAUCAUCAUAAUAACAAUACACGACUGGAAAAACACCUAUUAUCAAUAUCAUCAUCAUCGAUUUCGCCACCACUACAUGCUCUAGCUGGAACAAUCAGUGAGAAACGUCGUACUAUAUCUCUAUCAUCUGAUGAUGAUAUUGUUGAGCUUGUGCCUGACAGCGAUUGUCAGAGAAUAUCAAAGAAACGUUUGCUGAAACAGCCAAGAGUUAAUGCACAUAUAAGUGAUGAGACCAUUGAUCAAGUCUAA